AUGCAUGCUACUGAUUCUGUGCCUAAUAUGAGCUUGCCAAGGAACUCUUCAACCGGUGAGGCCUUCCAGCACAGCAGCGUCCGAAUGAACUUGGAGAAUUCUGAUCUAUGGAAGUCGUUUCAUAACAUCGGAACUGAGAUGAUUAUCACCAAACACGGAAGGAGAAUGUUCCCUCACUGCAGCGUCAGCCUCUCCGGCCUCCAGUCCUUUGCCAACUAUGUCAUCAUGAUGGAUAUGAUUCCCGUGGAUGGAUACAAAUACAAGUGGAAGAAGGAGCAGUGGGAAGUCGCCGGAAAAGCCGAGCCCCAGCCCCCCUGCAGGACCUACGUGCACCCAGACUCCCCCGCUCCAGGAAGCCACUGGAUGAAGCAAUCUCUGUCCUUUCUCAAACUGAAACUGACAAACAACACUCUGGAUCAGCACGGACAUAUCAUUCUCCACUCCAUGCAUCGCUACUACCCACGCUUCCAUGUGGUCCAAGCUGACAGUCUGUACACGGUGAGAUGGGGGCCCUUUCAGACCUUCUCCUUCCCAGAGACGACGUUCACAGCGGUCACGGCCUACCAGAACCCCAAGAUCACCAAACUCAAGAUAGACCACAACCCGUUUGCCAAAGGGUUCAGAGAAGGAGGCACGCAUUCACACAAGAGAUGCCGCACAUCUGGAAGUCCUUCAGCUAAAAGAGCAACAAAACCUGCCCCUGAAAGCCCACAAAGCCUGAAGAGGAUGCCAUCCCACACAGAGAAGCCCCUCACCUCCACCGAGCAGCCUCAGAAGGGCCCCCACCUCUCAGCUUGGCCCCUGGAGCAGGACUCAUCGGACAGGCUCCACGCAGAGCCUCUUGACCUGGAGUACGACUACAGCUGUGAGGAGCAGAUGGUGCCUGCGUCCCUGCCAUACAACUCAUACAGAUCUGUGGAAUAUGGCCGAUACCCUUACCCCACCAGUGAAGUGGAACCCUCCAACGAGCAGCCGCCAGUCCACCCCCUCUCCACAGCAGAGUACCCAGCCCCACAGCACCCAUACCCCCACCCAUACCCCUACAGCAACACGGUCGACUGGAGCCAGCACCCUCUCUUCUCAUACUCCUGCUGGUGA